AUGGAUGAUGGACGCAUUCCGAAAGACAUUCUGUACGGUGAACUGACUGCAGGACAUCGAGGCUUAGGACGCCCAGUACUGCGCUACAAAGACGUCUGUAAGCGCGACCUGAAGACAACAGGCAUAGAUGCAGACCACGGGGAAACGUUUGCUGGGGACCGAGGAGUAUGGAAGGGCAUCAUACGUCAGGGAGUACGCCACGGUGAAAUGACAAGACAGCUGCAGGAAAUGGACAAAAGAAGCCGCAGAAAAGAGAGGCUUCAGAUGGAAGAAUUUUUAUGCGACGAGCAGUGGUACAUUGUCCAAGUGGUCAAUAUGGUGGUCAUCUCUGGUCUCCUCAGUCUGUUCGGCGUGGCCUCCAAUAUCAUCAACAUUGUAGUGUUUGCCAAGCAAGGCUUUCGGGACAGCAUGAACAUCAGCCUCGUGGGGCUCGCUGUGUCUGACCUGUGCUCCUUGCUGACCAUGAUAUGGAUAAGCAUCUGCGAGAACCCUCUUUUCUACCGUUCUGAAUUGAACUUUGACCCCAAAGAUAUCUUAUAUCUCACGGGGGCAACGCCUCAUAUCCUCUUUGUCAAAAUCGCCAGUUUUAUUACCGCCUUCAUCACCUUCGAACGAUGUCUGUGUAUCGCUGUCCCUCUGAAGGUGAAGACGAUCAUCACACCAGGAAGGACAAAGACAAUUAUUAUCUCCAUCUACAUUGCCAUGUCCCUUUUGAUGAUCCCCUUCUACCUUGGAAACAGACUUGAGUGGGUUUUUGAUUUCACAGUGAAUGCUACUGUGUUAAAAACCACGUUCGCUGCAGAUAGAGAAAUGCUAGAAGCUAUUAUGUUUCUCACUCUGGGUGUAUUUUCUACGACAUUUUCCUUCGUCUUCGUUAUCUGCUGUACCAUCGUUCUUAUCGUCAAACUCAAGAGUAAAACAAAAUGGCGUCAGGCGACUGCAGCCAAGUCUGAUCGUGCAGCGGAAGGAGUUGGGGUCAAAGAUCAAAAGGUUGUAAAAAUGGUGACUUUCAUCGCUGCCAUUUUCAUCGUCUGCGCCGUACCUCCCACGCUCUUGUUUCUCUACAUGGUGAUUGACCCAAGUUUCCGUAUUGAUGGUGUCUAUCGAAACAUCUAUCUUGUCGUUUGGACUUCAUCGUUUCUAACAGAAACGGUCAACUCCAGCGUAAAUAUAUUUGUUUAUAUGAAAAUGAGUUCGAAAUAUCGAGCAGUGUUUAUGAAAACAUUUUGGAAUAAGGAGGAGAGAUAA